AAAAUAGGGUAGAAUACACCUUGCCGAUAACCAAACUGAAAACAACCAGCUCGAAACCAGAAACUUGUAUGACUAACAUGAAACUUGUCUCAAGAUCUGGGGCGGUGAUGGCAUGGAAUGUAUUCAAAUUUUGCACGGCCUUGAGGGGCUUGGGUUCGAUCAUGAUAUUAUUAGUCCUCGGCGUCGUUGGGGUGACGUAUUACGCCGUCGUAAUUACCAAUUACGGCCCAGGUCUCGCCGCUGGCGGGCUUGAUUCGCUGAUCGCUUUUGUCGUCCUGAUCUUGUUCCAUUUACUGCUGGUAAUGCUACUAUGGAGUUAUUUUUCUGUGGUUUUUACGGACCCGGGUAGCGUCCCGCCAAAUUGGAGGACAACAUUAGAUGAAGAAAGGGGGGACACUGACCCGUUGACCUCAGCGGAAUUUCCAGUGGACUCUGAGAAUGGAAGAAUUCGCAUUUGUAGAAAGUGCAACAACUUAAAACCACCUCGGUGCCAUCAUUGUUCUGUUUGUGGAAGGUGCGUGCUGAAAAUGGACCAUCAUUGUGUGUGGGUUGUCAAUUGUGUUGGAGCCUUGAACUACAAGUAUUUCCUCCUCUUCCUGUUCUACACAUUCCUCGAGACUACUCUUGUGACAUUAUCAUUGCUGCAACAUUUUAUUGCUUUCUUUAGUGAUAAAGAGAUACCUGGGACUCCAGGGACCCUGGCAACUACCUUUCUUGCCUUUGUAUUGAACUUGGCAUUUGCUUUGAGCGUUAUGGGAUUUCUGAUAAUGCACAUAUCACUGGUGGCUGCCAAUACGACCACCAUUGAGGCAUAUGAGAAGAAGACUACUCCGAAGUGGCGUUAUGAUCUUGGGCGGAAAAGGAACUUUGAACAGGUGUUUGGAAUGGACAAGAUGUACUGGUUUAUUCCGGCUUACUCAGAAGAAGAUUUACGGCGGAUACCUGCCCUUCAGGGUCUUGAAUAUCCUUCAAAGCCUGACUUGGAUGCCCAAGAAUUCUGAUGAUAAAUAUAUGGCUCCAUCUGGGCAUCUUUUCACCUUACAGUUACAGACUUGGAAGCUCCAAAAGACUGAUAAUUUUUUUUCACCUUUUAGUUGAUUUAAUCGAUUGUAACUAAUUUGGGACUGGAGCACUCCUUCUCCGACCUCUCUGCUGUAUUAUAUUAAUGGCAUAUUUAGU